AUGGCUGAGACCCUAAUUCUUCAGAAUCCUUCAACCCAAAAGAGAAUAAUGUCAUUCCCUAAUUUCAACGCUCUCAGAGACUUGCACAACUCUGCCAACGACCUCCUCCACUCGCCAGAAAUUCAACAAGUGCUUGUCCAACAAAAACAAGAAAAGUGGGUUCAUCAAGUCUCCGAGGCAUCUCUAACAAUGUUGGACGUCUGCAGCAUCUCUAAAGAUGUCCUUUUGCUCGUCAAAGAACAUCUUCUAGACCUACAAUUCACUUUGCGAAGGAAAAGUUUUAGCCACCAGCCAAAUAUUAAUGCCAAGAUUGCUGCCUAUAAUCACUACAGGAAGAAGCUGAAGAAAGCGACAUUGAAAUGUCUCCGGAGAGUGAAGGGAAUGAAGAACAAAUCAUCAGUUGUAACUUCAGAUACCUCAACCAUAGAUCACAAACUUAUAGUUGUUGUGGAAGUACUCAGAGAAGUACGAGUGAUCACCAUCUCCAUUGUUGAGUCCUUAUUGUCUCUCAUUUCGAUACCGUGGCUGGAUCAGAAAUCGAGUAAAGGGUCUUUCAGGUCAAAACUCUUUAGAUCAGGUAGCCAGAAACAGAGACUGUAUGAAAUUUGUGACGAAACCGCACUUCAAAGUGCAAACAAGAGACUAGAGGCAGUGGAGAUUGCGAUUGAGGAUCUUGAAGCUGAAUUAGAUUGCAUCUUUAGACGUUUGAUCCAGACUAGGUCUUCCCUGCUUAAUUUACUUAACAAUUAG